AUGGCUCGUUUGCAGCAGUUCGUGUUGAUGUUGAGCGCCAUUCUGGUGGUUGCGGCAGCUAUCGCUGGUCCGGAUAGGCGUGUCGUCGGUGGCAUCGAUGCAGUGGCCGGUGACGCCCCGUGGAUGGUUUCGCUGCGCAAUUCCAUCAACAUACAUCAGUGUGGAGGUACCUUGCUCAGCAACCGGUUCGUUCUUACGUCGGCCCAAUGUCUAUCGGGACGGUUGGCAACGGCCACGAUGGCUGUGGCUGGUUCCCGUUUCCUGAACACUGUUGCCGUACCCUACUGGGGUAUUCAAAUCAUCACCCACCCGAACUAUAACGUCAACACGCUCGAGAACAACGUGGCCCUGUUCCAGACGGCUCUGCCUUUGAUUCUGACGCAGUCGAUCCAACCUCUGGCGCUUUCAGCGGAAGUGAUCGGAACUGCUGUCCGAGCUCGUGUCUUCGGAUGGGGCGCUUCCCAGGCUGGAGGUAGCAAUACCAACGCUCUUCAGUUCCUCAACGUCAACACCCUCAGCAACGAGGACUGUGCCAACUUCCUGGGAGCCGAAGGGUGGCGCGUUGGACCAUCUUCGCUGUGCACGCUGACGCGCGAGGGUCAGGGUAUCUGCGAUGGUGAUGAAGGUGGCGCGCUUGUGUUAGACAACUACGCCAUCGGGGUGGUAUCCUGGGGCAUUCCCUGUGCGGUUGGUCGUCCGGAUGUGUUCACGCGUAUCUCCUCCGUGCGCAGCUGGAUUCUUAACUUCAUCUAA